AUGGCGGCCCCGAGUACUCAUCUGGAUGAUACUAUGGGAGCCUUGCUCAUAGGCUUCACUGUCGCUACUGUGCUCUAUGGCCUGUCCCUAUCGCAGACCGCCACGUAUUACAAGCGUUUCCCCCGAGAUUCCAUAUACGUCAAAAGCCUUGUAGCAUUCACCCUAAUAAUCCAGACAGUCAUUACUGCCCUCGCCGCUCACAGCCUCUACUUCUACCUUAUUACAAGCUACGAUAAUCCCGGGGUUCUAUCACUCGUAACUAAUAGUAUAAUAAUUUAUGAAUUAUUCACGGCCAUCACCGUGUUCUCCGUACAACUACACUUCGUUCAUCGUGUGUGGCAACUCGCAGGAGUUUCGUCGCUUCAAGCGUUCAUCGCACUCUUAAUGUUUGCUCUCAUGUUCGCGGGACUAGGAACGGGUAUAGGUCGUUGCGCCUUGCUCUGGUUGAACCCGUCUUACGCUUCUCUCACAGAGAAGAGCGCAAAAGCCCUAGGGAUCGCAUCGGUUGCCUUUCCUGUGUUGUGUGAUAUCUGCGCUGCAAUAGGGUUCACGUUCUGGCCGCCGUCUUCUCCGCAAAUGGUCCUGGGCACACGAGGAGUCCGGAAGACGCUCCAAAACCUCAACAAUUACCUCACAGGUCGAUGCCUACUUCUGAUAAUAUGCCACCUCUUUACCAUCGCACUCCUUGCCAGUAUGCCGAGAAAAGGCGCAUUCAUGGCAUCCCAGCACCUCACGCCCAAGCUCUACUUCCUCACCCUGCUUCACAUGCUCAACGCGCGUCAUUCGCCUCGGGAUCGCAUAUAUCGCAGCGGUGCCUCCGUGGAGGUACCUUCCCGAUCCUUCGAAUUGGCCAUCGGCUCGUCGCACACCCUGCAGUUCCGUAACCCGGACACGGCUGGGCUGUACGACUUCGGAUCCGGCGCAGCGUCCACCGGGAGAUUGGGUCUCGACAUCACGCCUAGGGAUUUGAAGUCCAAGCGACGCUUUUCAGACGGUAGUCUCGUGUUCGCUACGAGCCUUCCUUCGUUAGAUUCAAUGAGCAUGGCAUAG